AUUAAGAAGUCUGACCAAACACCCCUCCUUAGGAUGUUGCUCAUCUUCCCAUCCUUCUGCAUUGUAAUGGUACCAUCUUUCCUGAUUUGGAUAGAAGUCCCAUUAGUUCUACCUGGUCCAUUUCAUCAGUAUCUUAUACUCCCUUCCUCUCAGGUAGGAGUUUUUCCAGCAAAGAGCAUUUAUUGAGAGAGUGCCAUUCUCAGGAGAUUUUAAAUUUGAUGAUUAGGUGACUUUUCAUAUGAUCUGUGAUAAAUUGUCACACCUUCAUUUAGCACACACAUAGGCUUUACAUCCUAAUAGAAAUCUUAAAAAUGUUACCAUUAGAUAAUUUAUGACUUUAUACUAAAGUAUUAACUUUGCAUUUAUGUCUAAAGCAAAGCUAUUAGGCACUUAAUUCAGGAAUAUGUUAAAGAAUUGUACUCUGGUUGCCUGAAGGACAUGGAAUUUACCUGUUAGUGAAGUGAGAAGUCUAUAUUAGAAAAAAAAGAUGGUUGAGUUCAUGAAGUAUCUUCCUAAGAGAAGGAAGUUGGUGGGGAGGGAAAAGAGAGUGAGGCGAUCAAGCUAUCGAGGUCCCCUCCAGUUAGUCAUUUCUUCUCGGGCAGGCAGUUCCACGAAACUAACAUCAUGUGCUUUUGGAUCUUAUACAGAUGGCAAUCGGGAGUUACUUCCCUGUGAAGUCUGUGGAAGACGCUUUGCAGCAGAUGUUCUGGAAAGGCAUGGACCAAUAUGUAGAAAACUCUUCAACAAAAAACGUAAACCUUUCAAUUCCUUGAAACAAAGAUUACAGGGCACUGACAUUCCCAUUGUGAGAAAGGCUCCUCAAUCCAAGCCUCAACCUGUGAGGAGAUCUAACUGGAGACAACAACAUGAAGACCUCAUUAAUGCCAUCCGAUCGGCAAAGCAGUGUACGCUAGCCAUUAAAGAAGGCCGACCUCUCCCACCUCCACCUCCUCCAUCCAUCAAUCCAGGCAUCAUACCCAGCAUGGAGCCCAAA